AUGUUGAAACAAAGCGACAAUCGAUGCAUUGGAAGACACCUGAAUCGUAAAAAAGCAAGGAUGUCCAAAUCAAAAUUUAAGGCAAUGUUGAUCGUUUUUUUUGACAUUAACGGUAUCGUGAUGACUGAAUGGGUUCCAGAGGGUCAGACUGUCAACCAGUUUUACUAUUUAUCAGUUUUGGCAACACUGCGAGAAAGAGUUCGUAAAAAACGGCUCGAGUUGUGCAAGAACGACUCGUGGAUUUUGCACCAGGACAACGCACCUGCCCAUAACGCGCUAUCUGUGAAGCAGUACUUGGCCGGUAAGCGCACUCCAGUGCUCGAACACGCGCCGUACUCGCCAGAUUUGGCACCGUGCGACUUUUUUUUGUUUCCAAAGAUAAAAUCUGCUUUGAAANCUCGUGGAUUUUGCACCAGGACAACGCACCUGCCCAUAACGCGCUAUCUGUGAAGCAGUAUUUGGCCGGUAAGCGCACUCUAGUGCUUGAACACGCGCCGUACUCGCCAGAUUUGGCACCGUGCGACUUUUUUUUGUUUCCAAAGAUAAAAUCUGCUUUGAAAGGGACCCGAUUUAAGUCGAUGGAAGCGGUAAAGCAAAAAACGGCAAAGCUCCUAAAGGCCCUCACCAUAGAAGACUUCCAGCACUGCUUUGAUCAAUGGAAAAAACGUAUGGAAAGGUAUGUGGCGAGGGGAGGAGAGUAUAUUGAAGGGGAGCAUUUGAAUGUAGAAUAA